CCUCCAUGUAAACUACUAACCAAGUCUCAAAGAGAUCAAAAUUCAAUCCCGUUCGGAGAGAGAGGAAAAAAGAGAGAGGGAGAGUGAGGGAGAGAGAGAGAGAGAGAGAGAGAGAGAGAGAGAGAGAGAGAGAGAGAAAUGACGUUAUUUGAAUAUGUGCCCAAAAUCCUUAAUGAAUAACUUAGGACGGGUAGGAGGCAAAUGCUGCCCCAGCUGUUUCCUGUUGAAAAUGUCUGUGUAAUGUAGAUAAAUGUGAGGGAUUUUCUCUCUAAAUCCGUCUCCUGUUCUCUAAAUCUCACUUCUCCAAAACGAGCCUGCGCAAUGGAACAAAGUCGGAAUAUUGAGAUGUGACAUUGCCCGCAUCUCAUCCUCUUUCUCCCCGUUUUUAAUGACUUCAAACAAGUUCAUUUUCGCCGGACUUAGUCUUGCGGAGACCCGUGGGGAUGUCUAGCGCUCAUUCCUCUCAGUGGCAUUUAUGUGAUGUCCUCAAGGGUGCGAUGUGCUGUAUCUCCUGCGGCCACACCCUCUCACUACUGCUGUGCGUCCUCACCCUGACUCCGACGGCUACAGGGGCGGGCCCCGAGACCCUGUGCGGGGCCGAGCUGGUCGACACGCUGCAGUUUGUCUGUGGAGAGAGAGGCUUUUAUUUCAAUAAACCAGCGGGCUAUGGCACCAGUUCGAGGCGGUCAAGGGGCAUCGUGGAUGAAUGCUGCUUCCAAAGCUGUGAGCUGCGGCGCCUGGAGAUGUACUGUGCACCUGCCAAGACUAACAAGGCAACUCGCUCUGUGCGCGCUCAGCGCCACACAGACAUGCCCAGAGUGCCUAAGGUUAGUGCCGGGGGACAGAAGGCGGACAAGGGCACAGAGCGUAGGACAGCACAGCAGCCAGACAAGACAAAAAACAAGAAGAGACCUUUACCUGGACAUAGUCAUUCGUCCUUCAAGGAAGUGCAUCAGAAAAACUCAAGUCGAGGCGGCACCGGGGGCAAAAAUUACAGAAUGUAGGGAAGGAGCCAAUGGACAAAUGACCAACGACUCGGGAAGAGAUAAGGGAGUGGCCUUACCUGGUACCCCCUGUGGAAUGGUUCACUGUAAAACAAAACAGAGAAGAUGCUAACAAUGGCCUCAAACACUCUUCAAAAUGAUUGAAACCUGAGAGCUUAGUGGUGUUUAAGGGUUUGAUUAGGGAUCUUGUGAUUAUUUUAUACACUGCACCAUUCCAUAUUGGGAGGAAUUCUUUGUUAACACAAUGUAACAGACUAGUUUAGCUGCUGAGACACGAACAAGAGCUUAUUAUACCUCCUUGUGUGAGCUGCAGCAACCCCUGGCUACGAGAAACGUGGGAACAAAUCUGGGCUUCAGCCAGAUAGAGAACAGCAGGCUGUGGUUGGGAAUAAGGGGUCUUUCUUGUCCCCUGAACUUUGUGGAGGUAAAUCCUUUUGCUACAAGUGAGUGGAUCCGUUCCCUCCUUUGGUAAAACAGGAUAUUUUGUCACAAACACAUUUAACAGUUAUUACCCCUGUUCAGAAAUGAGCUUUUACCUUCAGAGUUUCUUUUUAAAGCACCAUGUAUUACUGUGGAUAUUGAAAUGUGUAAAAAUAUGAUUUUUAAAGGACGAAAACCAGGUGGUUCAUCAUCAUACUUUAAACAUUGUUGCUAAUUUCACGUUCAGCCCAAGUCAAAUUGGAACAAGAGGGUAAGAGACCAGUCAAAAUACCCUCUGAGACACAGGAAGUGUUGAGGACCCAAUGACUUGGGUUGACGAUCCCAACACUUCUGUUGCAACAGAUGAAGCAUGAUUUUUGAGAGGAUUCAAAAGGUACAGAGCGUAUUAUACAAAAACAAGCUUGUGGCUUUCGCUGUUUUCAAAAGCAGAAAAACAGAUUAGGUAGGAAAAAAAAUUGAAAUUGAUUUUUUUUUCCCUCCCUUCGGACUGGUGUUGCAUAACCUUGUUUGGUUGUCAGAAAUGGGUCAUUCAGAGAAUUCAUUCAAAGUCCAUUUGGCAUAAAUUAGUGGAGAAGGCAAAAAUGUUUAUUGACCGCGUCCUUUUUCACAUGUCAACAUCUUUGCCAGAUAUGAUUGUUGCCAACUGUCUAGUUAGCCAGUGAUCAACAUCUCAUUUUGAAUGGAGAGAUGCAUUCAAGGUUCAGCACAAAUCAAGAAAGUUUAGUCCCAGUUUCCUUAAAAUAACCUGCAACGAUAAGGAGACGUAUUGCUCUCAAAUCUGUCAGUAUUGUAGCUUAAAGCAAUAGAUGAAGAGGUUGUGACAAUAGCCACAUGAAUGGGGAAGCUUCAUAACAGGUCAGUCUUUGCCCGUAAAAUGUAGUUUGUUUAGGGAGGCUGAGAACUUUGCAACUCUAUAAUCUGACGCGAUCGCAAAAGUACAACAAGAAGACACAGCAUCCGUGGCAAAGUCCACCGCAGAAACACGCACAUUUAACAGUUUGGUAAAUAUUGCCCGUAAAAAUGACAAGUUCACCUGGGCCUGUGAGAUACGGACACACAUACCAGUACACAAAUACACACACAAAACCCUCACAAUGUAAAUGAAAGUUGUGCAAAUAUGAGCAAGGGUCAAAACAAAUGCUAAUUCUAAGAAGUCACGGGGACUAACAGUAACUGCUUUUUGUUUGAUCCUCCGUGAAAUCGCCCAAGACAACUCAUCUAUGUCUCUGGCUCCUUUACCUGUGUAUAAUCAAACAGUACUCCCAUUAUGUUAACCUAUGCAUUACUACCAUUCAUUGUACAUGAUGGUUUCAUAUAACAAAACUGUAUUAAGAAUCCUAUCCACUGUAUAAUGGUGCUAUUUUAUAGUUUGUUACUUGCAAAAGAUGGCAAAGACAGACAGAUGGCAGGGCUUACAUUGGAGGUCUUCCCUUUUGCACAGCCUUGUGGCCACCAUUUUAAUAGUGUUUUUAUUUGUAAGCUUUCAGUAAGAUAGUAGUGUAAGCGAGUAAAUGUAUCUGUGCGAAAUCUGUGAAUGCAUGGAGAACAAAAAAAAAGGAAAAAAAAAAGAAAAAAAUAAUAUACAAUGUUGUGGUCCCAAGAAGGCAAAAUGCUAUUUUUUCUACUGUUUUUAAAUUAUUUUCUCAAUAUAGAUCCCUUAUGCCAAAUAACUUGACAAAAGUACUGUGAACUAUGAUUCUUUCAAUUGUAUUGAGAUUGUUAAAAGUCAUGGUGUGCUUUUGUCUGUCCGGAGGUGUGUGUGUUUAUGUGUGUGUCUGUGUGUGUACAAACACCUCCCCGGAAGCCAAAGUACUGAAUAUUAAUACAACUCAAAGCGAGACUAUGCAACUUUUGCUGAACUCCAAAUAACAUACUGACAAGACAUAAAUAAAGGAGAAUCAUUAAACUAACCUUUCAAAUUGAUUAUUUUCUACAUCAGAGCAUUUAAAUUUCACACAUCAAAAUCAUCAUUAACAUACUGGAGCUCAUACUACACUGAACCGCCAGAUAUUAACACCUCACCGAUUAAAACAAUGCCAAAUGAACAUGCUGAAAUGGUAACAACAACAAAAAAUUAACAUGAUUUUACAGACAAGAUUUAAAAAAACAAAAAAACAAGUAAGUCUGAGGUUCCUGCCUUCUUGUCAGUUGUUUCUGUGCACCCAUGUCACUCAUUCAUCAGUCCAUGUAUUCCUAUGGGAACCUUUGUAAUCUCUGACAUAGUUAAGAAACUCCUAAUCCUUCUGUUUUUGCAUCCUGUGCAUGGGGGGGGGUCUUAUAACGAGCAGUUUUUUGAAAAACGCACUUAUUGUACAUGUCUCACUCUUUGGUGAAGAUGCAUAGACUGCAAGUGAAGGCUGUUAGUUCCUAUCCAUGACAACAAUGAGUUAGUGUUAGCGACAUUAGGUCUGUUAGCACUGUCAUCGAGCUAACCCAUCCAUUAAGUCUUCACAAGAGCCUUUUUUUCUGAGCACUUUUGAAAUGAUCUCAUUGAAGAAGAUAGAGGGUACUUAGCCGUUAACAACUUGCAAAAUGUGCAAAAAGCCCUUUAUGUAUUUUAUGUUCACUUCAUGCACCUUUUACAGUCACUGAUAUGGGGAAAUGUGGCUAAUGUUACUCAUUAUAGUUACACAGUAUCAGUCUUUAGAGGAAUAAAAGUGUUCAAACAUAAACUAAUUCACUGUUUUGGUAGGUCUAACAUGCAAAGAACAUAACAUUAAACAAGUCACUGUCAUAUAUUUAAGUAGGUUAGCUUAGUUUAGCAUAAAAACAGCAAGAAACUGUUUGCAUGGCCUUUUCCCACUUUGACAUAACCCACCAACGAGCAGCAAAGAUAACAGAAUGACACUGAAACCUCAUCUCAAAACCACACAAAUACAACUCAUUUUUCAUACUUACUGUAGAUAUAAAAUAAGGCUCCAAAAUCUUUUUGUUCAGGUUCUUGCUAAGUGAAUGAGCCACUUGUUUCCUGGUCCGAGUUCAUGGGCUGCCUCCUUUAAAGGCUGUUUGUGUUGAAGUGGAAUAAGAUUUAAGAUUAACUUUGAGAUUUCUGGCUCCUUUUUAUGAGACAUGAGAAACUAAUGCUGUCAGUUCUAGAUGAACUUCAACAGGAAGUUCUCCAAAAGCUAGAAAGUUUCAUUUCACCAAUCCUCAGUUCAGCCUCUGCAGUCUUCAAACAUGUCUUCCUGGCCGGCUUCUUUCCCAUCCAGGACCAUGUAAUUUCCGUUUCGGUUUAACACUUGGCGCAUGUUCAAAUGCCAGGUAUUACAAACAACUUGGUGCAGCCACUAGUGUACUCGGUGAUAGUGAAGAAAAACAGCAUUGUUCAACUGAAAAACCUGUAUUGAAAGUUAAACAUUUUCAUUUUACAGGGCUGUUUUCAUCUACAAAAUGGGGUCGAAGCAUAAAUGAAAAACAACAAUUAAGCAUUAUAAAAAUAUAGAAACGAGACAGUUUCACCAAUUCUCACUGUAGGGAGUGUUUAAAACUUUGCAUUGUGACGCUACAAAAGUUGCAUGGUCUCACAUCAGGAGUAAGCCAGGAUUUCAAUUGAUCUUGUCCAGAGCAUUUGCUUGCAGUUGUCCAAAUUAAAAGUGGAAGUUGUGUUUUUUCUCUCCUUUGUCCAAAGUUCAUAAGCAGGACCACACUUGAAAUGCCGUAGCCCGGCCAGCUAUUCCCAUUCACUCUCCAGCUGCAGUGGUACAGGGGAGGGAUUUUUAAGCGAAGGAGCGUCCAAGAGCCACAAUCAAAAACUCCAGAAUUACUAAUUACACCUCGGAUCAACAAGUUUUUACCGUAAAAAACGACAACAGUCAUUCACUGGCAUUCCUACUUACAUUAUACCAUUUUGGAUGUCUUUUGUCGAGACCAAUCUGGUUGCUGCUCCACCUGCAUCACAGGUGUCUCCGAUUGGUUGCGUACCUAUCCGAUGGCGUCUAGAGACAUCCACUGGUAUUGUCCCCUGCAAAGUAAAAUUCUAUCUAAACGAACCAGACUGAUUCUUUGUAUUGAACAGGGAAAUUUACAGGAUUGCUGGUCAGGCCAGAAAUACCAGCCAUCCUGUCUGAAAAUGCCCACCUGUGACUCCCCACCUUCUUCUUUCUUAAAUGUCCAGAAGUUGCUGCUGAACCCAAACAAGCCCCCAACUGAUGCCUUUUUCCUCACUUCUCGUGAAUAUUAUGAGAAGUAAGGUAUAUAAGGUACACAUACCUUCCUCCUCAUUGUUACAUAAUCAGGUAACAAUAUUUGGCAUCUUCUUAACGUUGUGGUCCUUGCUCGUGAGCUCUGAUGAACUCAUUUAAAAGUGUGACUGUUUUGUUUUUUUUAUUCUUCCACAUUUAGGUUUUAAAAUUUUGACUUUUUACUGUUUGUUUUAAGAGUCUAUUUAUCCUGGCGAUAAAUUCAACUAAAAGACGGUUGAAGACCAUUCUGAUCCUCCAAGUUUUUCAAAUAAGCAGUACAAACCAAAGACUUUUUGAUGGAAAAGAAUCAUCACUCAACGUUGUUAUCUCGCCAUAAAAUAAGCCAAUCACCGGAUGGAUCGUAAACGUCAGAAGACGCCAUCCCUGUCUCAACUGCACUGCAUCUACAAUAUACCCCUUUGCAAACUUUUAUUCUGGUACCUGAAAUGGAGCUAUAGUAGAAAGUGAACAUGCAAAAUAAAGCUGAAUCAUUCGAUCAUUUCAGUCUGUCAGUCGUUUUGAAGUAAUCAAUAAUGUGUAGAACGCAGGGGAGCGAGUCCUCCAUGACUCCCAGAGGUGUUUCAAUGAGAAAGUAUCAUUUCCUGAAGCUCACUGUCCAAUAAACUGUUUGAUUACAGCAAUGUUAUUUAUGGUGCUCGAUUGCCUUCUGUAGAAAAAAUAAAUAAAUACUGACAAACUGUUCACCAUUCCUGUUGAAUAAACCACUUGUCAACAUCACAGAAA